UUAAAAGACAGCUUUCGUCAAUUCACAACCAAUCGUUUGAGCUGACACACACACCCCUUUCGGCCCUAAAAAUUCCAUUUUAAAAUUCCAAAUAAAAACUGCACAAAAAAGUAGAGAAAUUUGUAAGAGAAACCCCAUCGCCUUCCAAAAAGAGACCCACCAAUAGCUUCGCCAGCAUGACCUCCACCUUGGUGCUCCUGAUCGCCAGCGUCGUGCACUUCGGCAUGCGCGGCACUUGCCUCCUGGACAUCGAGCGCUUCCCGGUGAUCCCCGGCACUGUCUACGCCGGCCACAUCGCCUACUGCGCCAUCCUGCACUUCCUCCACGACAUGGAGAUCCUGCCCAGCCGGUACCGGCGCCGCAUGGGCUGGCUGGCCGCCUUCCUGGUCGAACUGGUGCUGGGCGUGGCCAUCAUGGAGGUGCUGGCCCUGUGGCUCUGGUGCAGCGUGGAGCACAUCAUCCACCUGACGCUCCAGCUUGUGCUGCGCCGCUACCUGGACAUGCCCAGCGAUGUCUACCAGCGCUGGGAGUGGGCCAUCAUGGGCGGCCUGAUGACCAGCCUGGCGGCGCUGCUCUGGCUGAAUGCCUACGAGGCCACGGAGCCGACAGAGGUGGCCAUUGGCAAGUCAAGGAUUAGCCAGGCUAUUAUCAAGCGGAAGGAGAAGGUGCAGCAGCAGCUGGAGGAGGGACAGCAGCAGGAGGAGGAGCAGCAGCAGGAGGAGGAGCAGCAGCGGGAGGAAAACCAGCAGGAGGAGGAGCAGCAGAAGGAGGAACAGCAGCAGGAGGAGGAUCAACCCACGGAGCAGGAGCCCCUGCCCUGCGAGGAGAAGCCCCUGGAAGUGCUGGCCACCACCACCGACUGCUAGCUUUCAGUCCUCCAAUCCUUUGACCUCCCAGCUCAUCCCUGGACCAGGGGACUCCACAAAGGCGGCCUCAAUUAGAUGAACGAUCCUGGCCGGAGCUCGACCAGGACCCGAGCCUCCCGAGCAAAUGUAUUUAUUCCAGCCAGAUGGACUCGAAAAGCUCUAAAGACCGUGCCCAAAGGAUGCUCGGCAAAGGGGGCGUGGCCAGUGGCAGUGGGUCUGGGUCUGGGGGGAGGGGUGGCCAAAUGAUGGACUGCAGUAAAAUGUCUAUGAAAAUUGA